AGCCGGCCGGUCGCCAUGGGCGCGGGCGAGCGCGCGGCGGCGGGGGGCACGCAGGACCCCGGCGCGGGCUGCGGGGCGCGGGCGCUGGGCGCGCUGUGCCUGCUGCUGUCGGUGGGCUCUGCGGCCGCCUGUCUCCUGCUGGGCGCCCAAGCGGCCGCCUUGCAUGGCCGAGUGGCGGCGCUGGAGCAGGAGCGCGAGCUGUUGCGGCGUGCGGGGCCGUCCGGAGCCCUGGCGGCCUGGGCCGAAACGCACCUGGAGCGCCUGCUACGGGAGAAGUUGGAUGGAGUCGCCAAGCUCAGGACAGUUCGAGAAGCCCCCUCUGAGUGCAUCUGUCCCCCUGGUCCCCCUGGACGGCGUGGCAAGCCGGGACGAAGAGGCGACCCAGGCCCUCCGGGGCAAUCAGGACGAGAUGGCUACCCGGGACCUCUAGGUCUGGACGGCAAGCCAGGACUUCCAGGCCCCAAAGGGGAAAAGGGUGCACCGGGAGACUUUGGCCCGCGGGGAGCCCAAGGGCAAGAUGGAGCUGCAGGACCACCUGGGCCUCCUGGGCCACCUGGGGCCCGGGGCCCUCCUGGUGACACUGGGAAAGAUGGUCCCCGAGGAGCUCAAGGCCCAGAGGGUCCCAGAGGAGAAUCUGGACAAGAUGGCGAAAUGGGCCCCAUGGGACCUCCAGGACCCAAGGGAGAACCUGGCACUCCUGGAAAGAAGGGGGAUGAUGGGAUACCCAGCCAGCCAGGACUCCCUGGACCCCCAGGGCCCAAGGGUGAGCCAGGGGAUGUGGGGCCCCAAGGAGAGACUGGAGUGGACGGUGCCCCUGGACUGAAGGGGGAGCCCGGUCACCCAGGCACGGAUGGAGCCACAGGGCCCCGGGGUCCCCCAGGCCUCAAGGGAGAACAAGGUGACACGGUGGUAAUCGACUAUGAUGGCAGGAUCUUAGAUGCCCUGAAGGGUCCUCCCGGACCACAGGGAGCUCCUGGGCCACCAGGGAUCCCUGGAGCCAAGGGUGAACUUGGAUUGCCUGGUGCUCCAGGAAUCGAUGGAGAGAAGGGUCCCAAAGGACCAAAAGGAGACCCAGGAGAGCCUGGACCAGCUGGGCCCAAAGGGGAAACAGGAGAGAUGGGCCUGUCAGGUCUUCCGGGUGCCGAUGGUCCCAAGGGAGAAAAGGGAGAGUCAGCAUCUGACCAUCUACAGGAGAGCCUGGCCCAGAUCAUAGUGGAGCCAGGGCCCCCCGGUCCUCCUGGUCCCCCCGGCCCCAUGGGCCUUCAGGGGAUCCAGGGUCCCAAGGGCCUGGAUGGAGCCAAGGGAGAAAAGGGUGCAUCGGGUGAGAGAGGCCCUCACGGUCUGCCUGGACCAGUUGGCCCACCAGGCCUUAUUGGGUUGCCAGGAACCAAAGGAGAGAAGGGCCGACCCGGAGAGCCAGGACUCGACGGUUUCCCUGGACCCAGGGGAGAGAAAGGCGACCGAAGUGAACGAGGAGAGAAGGGGGAGCGAGGAGUUCCUGGUCGGAAAGGAGUGAAAGGCCAGAAGGGAGAGCCAGGCCCACCAGGCCUUGACCAGCCAUGCCCUGUGGGCCCCGACGGGUUGCCUGUGCCUGGUUGCUGGCAUAAGUGAUCCUCGGGCAUAGCUCCCAACCUGUACAGAUCCGUUUGGAUGUUUUUAACUCGUGUAAAAACAAAACAGUAAUAUAUUGAACUUCUUUAUGGGAUGCGCCAACUGUGGCCUUGUAAGAUUUGCAAGUGUGCCAACCAGCCCCUGGACCAUCUGCACAGGAAGCCGGCAAGAACGCAGACAGGCUGGCUGCUCUGGGGAAACUUGUGUUCGAAGGCCCCUGGCAGGGCCUGGCUUUCCCAGGGAGAGGACGAGGGUGAAAACGCCUGGCUCAGGUGAGGAUGGACGGACUCCAGGUCGGGCUUACAAUCACCUGAUUAGCAGAGACUUACAACAACUGUCCUCUGAAACCCCACUGCCCCACCUUCUCACUGUCUAACGACACCCCCUUGGACACCUGCUGUACCCUCUUGCUUCUGGACUGUGCCACAGGCAGCUGCACUGGAACCCUAGGUUUAACAGGGCAGGCGAAGAUUCCUAGAGUCCAGCACUUGGGGAGAAGGCAAUGGAAGAACCCCAAGAGGGCCUUGCUCCACCCAAGUUCAGUAGGCUUCCUGACACAGGAGCUUGUACCCUCUUCAGACCUUGGGAAAUGGCAAGACUCUGUGGAUACCUCACUGGCAGGCAGCCCAGUGAACCCUGACUGUAGGGUGAAGAGGCCAUACCCACUAGUUGCUACUUCCUGUCUCCUCACCCAGAGCAGGAACAGGAAGUGGCUUUGUCAGCCCAAGGAGACAGGCCUCCUGUUCAGAACUUGUAUCUCACUGGCCCCAAGUCUCUGACCUAGACCUCUGGUUAGCCUGUCAGAAACAGGCCCCCUAGUAAAUGAAGGCUGGUCCCCCGGCAAGCCUGAGCAAAGCACCUGUGACUGAAACCCCUGCCCUCUCUGGAGAGGCUUGAACACCUCUAACGAAGUUUCCUAGCUCCUGCUCCAUCCACGGCCUCACAUCCCUCUGCAUAUAAAGGCACCAUGAGCAAUAAACCACAAAUGUGCGUCCAGUAUACCUGCCCCUACAGACUUCCCUGAUCACCCCUGGCUGAGUUUCAUUCCGAUGGUUCCUGGCAAAGGGGCUCUCCCUGGGGGGCACACCCUUCCUCCAAACCAGGGGAUAUAUUCAGGGUAGGAGGAUGCAGGCCCAAGACCUGGACCCACACAUGUCAGCAGAAUCCUGGGACCAGUCACAUCCUGUCACUGAGCCUCUGUAUGCCCUUCUGUUAUGCUCAGCAAGGACACCCUAAAAUGUCCAGUCUGUCAAUUCUAGGGAUUCGGAGGUUCACCUGACUAGGCCUCAUGUAGACUCUCCCUCAUCUGUCUGUCAGCUAGGAUCCCAAGGAUCAUGAGCGACACCUACCUACCUGUGACUUUUCUGCACGGCCUGGGCUUCCUCACAGCAUGACAGCAGAAUCCCUAGAAAGCUGUAUCACCCCAUAUGACCAAGCCUUCAAAGUCACAUGCUGCACUUCCUGCCAGAGCCAGAGGCUCGCCCCAGUUGAAGUAGAAGACAGCCCCACCUCUCAAAUGAGCAAAGUGUCAAUGUCAUGUUUAAAUGAGAAAAUGUGGGAGAGUAGAUUUCACUGUAGCCCUUUAAAAUAAAAUAAAAUCAGCUCUCUUGUAGCACAGGCUAGCAUUGAACUCAUUAUGUAGCUCGGGAUGACCUUAAAGUUCUGGCCCUCCAGUCUCUACUCCCAAGUGCUGGAAUUACGGUUGUGCACCACUGUGCCUGACUUAGACAGUGCUGGGUUUCGAACCUAAGACUUUCUGCCUGUUAGGCAAGCACUUAACCAAAAAAGCUACAGUUGGCCCUUGUUACAGCAUCUUAAGUGAUGCCUCCUGCCACUCAUCUGUAGCAUGGGACAGUAAUACUCAAAAUUCAGAUGUGGUUCAGUAAGAUUCAGAUUUAUGGAAUAUACACAGAGAGCCUAGGACCAGUCUGACACCCCAAAGUACCUAUGGCUGGCUGUCCUCACUCUAUCUGCUCCAAGACCGAGUAGUGACCACAACCCCGCAGAGUGGACCCAUGUCUCCCUCUACUUGUCCUUACGGCAACCUGAAGAAAGAUGCCCAACAAAUGUGCCCAUUUUCAUAGAUGACAAAACCAAGCUCUUUGUGUGCAGAAACAAACAGGAGUGGCAAUAACAGUGUCUCUGUCCCCUUCCUCCAAGGGCAGAGAUGCAAGGAGGGCCACACUCCCCAGACUGUACACAUACACAUGCAUUCUUUGCUAAACAGAGGCCCAGCCACACACAGGUGACGUCAAGAUCGUACCUCUGUCCCCCUGAGGAGCUGGCAAAAAACCCAGCAGACCAUGUUCUCUGCCACACUGGGUCAACUGGGAAACCAGAAAUAAGAAAGGGGGGAAAAGAGAGAGAGAGACAGAUGUAGUGGACCAAGUUGACUAAGGUGGCUGGCUCGCUGGUGUCAAUGCCUGCUUUGGAGAUGCAGCAUAGCCUCCCAAGCCCCUCCCCCCACAUUCUACAGUUAGCAAAGUACUCUAAAAACAGCAUUAUUUGAUCCCCUUAUCAGUCCUUCGAAGAAAGGAAAGGGGCUGCAGGGGUAGGUGUCACGAUGUCCAUUUUGCAUAUAGGAAAUCUGAGGCCUGCAGUGGGUAGUCAUCUGCUCAGAGAUACACAGCCAGGCUAGAGUGACAGGCUUUGGACUGAACCCAUGCUCUUGGAGGGUUUUUCUUCAGACUUGUUUGGUAACGCAUGGAAUAUGCCCAGCAGACCCCUGACAAUGGCUGGACAAUGAGUAGAGCUUUCUAGAGGAUGAAACCACAAGUUCUCCUUUUCACCUCUCAGGCUGGCUGCCAUGGGCUGUUCUUGGCCCAUUACUGCCUCCAUGUGGACUCCUACCUUGUAUCCUUGCAAAUGGACAUGCAGAGCCACUGAGUGUCUAUGCCAGCCUGAAGUGAGGGCUUUUGUUCAAGAAGGAGUUUGUUCAAGAUCCAAAGUGAGACACUGGGGAGUGCCCUGCCCCACCACUGAGCCUCAAGGGCUGAGAGACCUUGGUUCUCCCUACCAAGGAGGCCAGUUUUCUGUAAGGCAUCUAAUUCUGGAAGGGAGGAGUCUGUUUACUGAGUCCUUGACUAUUCCAUGUUCCGUAGCCACUAAAGAAAGCACCAGGAUGACUGUCCCCAUGGACAGAUGGCUCCGAGGCUUGAGAGAAGCUACCAUACUAGAUUUCCUGUCCUUAAAGGAGGCUUUGAGUUGUCACAGGAUUGGGGGACACUCCUGGCGUUUGGUAGACAGUCAAGGUUAACUUACACCUGAAAUCCAGGACACUGGACAGGGCCAGUGGUGAAGCUGCUCACUGUGAAUGCCAGCUGAGGAAACCCUGCUCUCCAAUCACGGGUUGGGCACGGGGUAUGUUUGUUUGCUUGUUCAGAACGUGUCUCAAUGCAUAGCCUAGGCUGGUCCCAAAGUUGCAGUUCCGCCUCAGCUUCCCAAGUGCUGGGAUUACAGGCUUGCACCACCAUGCCUCCCCACACACACUGUAUCCAAGUCUUGCUCAGUCCCUUCCUCCUCUCAGCCUGUGCCCUCUUGGCCUCCAGUGUUGCCUUGAAGAGCAAAUGCCAGAACCAGAAAAUGGAGAGAGGACCUUUAGCAUGGGGCCAGAGGCAGGAAGGGCAGGCCUUUUCUAAGCAGGAAGAUGGACUCUUAGAUAGGUUUAUAGUUAAAACUAUGAAACUCUGGUCAGUUUGGGAAGACAGAAGGUCUCUGUGGCUGGGUGUUGGUGACAGGAUGCAACAUCGAGAAUAUACUAAUGCCACUGAAUUGUACCCUUCAAAAUGGCUUGUUUUUUAAUGUAUGUUUUACCACAAUAAAAACAAACGAAAAACCACAAGAA